GAGCCCCCGCCCCUUUCGCCGGCUUCCCGUUCCUAAGCCAGAACUCUCGACUGCCGAGGUUCGUCGUCUUCACCAUCAUGACAACCCAAAAUAGGACGGACGAGCCCGACAGGACCCUUUUCGUGGGCAAUUUGGAGAAUCGCGUGAAGGAGGAGAUUCUCUAUGAGCUUUUCUUGCAGGCUGGACCGGUAUCCAAAGUCACCAUAUGCAAGGACAAAGAUGGAAACCCCAAGAGUUUUGGAUUUGUCUGCUUUAAACACACAGAGUCAGUGCCUUAUGCUAUGGCUUUGCUGAAUGGGAUUCGUUUAUAUGGAAGACCAAUUAAAGUUCAAUAUCGGUUUGGAAGUACUCACUCCCUAGAGUUAAGCAGUCCUUCCCAGAAUAUGGAUGAGGAUGUACAAGCAUCAACCUACAGGUAUGCAGACUCUUAUUGUGAUAUUCCAUUACCUGUUAGUCCUUAUCAGGUGAAUAAUAAUCCAGAUCAGAUUUAUUCUGCCAUUCAGAGCAUGAUGACAUGUUUGACACAAUAUGUUCCAUACAGUCCAAUGGGACAGCCAUUUCUUUACCCACAGAUGACAUCGCAACUAUUUCCAAGUAUUCCAGUAUCAUCCUACAUGAACACUGGGCAAGCUUCUUCUGAAAGUGUCUACUCAGAGGCAAAAACCCACAGUCAAUAUCUUAUUACAAAAAAUACUCCCAAACGGAAAAGAACUCUGGAAGUUGGGGAGAACAAUAGUAGCAAAAAAAAUAAUAGGAAAAAAUACAGGAAAAAAUGAGUAAAAAUGUAAAGGGAUAAAUUAUUAAAUACUAUAGGAUUCUAUUUAUUUAUAAAUAAUUCUAUUGUUAAAUAAAAGGAUAUGAUCCUGAUAUUUAUAAAAGAAAUAUCAAACACACACACACACACACACACAAAUGGAAUCUAAUUAUGUUCUCUGGAAAACAUGAAAAUUAAAUAAAGUUUAUUGAAAAACAUCUCAUUUUACUUGAAAGGAAGUGUGUGAUGUGUGUGUUGUUUUGACAACUAUGUUCAAACUGUAAGAUUUCUGAAUUACAAACAUAAUAAAAAUAUUGAAUUUUUAUAUUA